AAAACACGUGUUGCCUUCACAUCAAUAUGACAUCUCGGACUGAGUCUUUACCCGAUGCUCUCCGGAAAGAGUCGAGUAGAUUCCUAUGAAUAUGCUACUAGUGUUGGUAGAAAUCAUCAAGACGUAGUCGGAGCCAUAAAGAGUUUGGAGCCCUUUGGAGACGUUAUAAAGACAGAGCAGAAACAGACUGAAUUGUGGGAGCUGGCCGAAGAAGGUAAAGAGAUAGCUGAGAAUGGUUCGCAUGAGGUUAGACUUUUUGAAGCAGUUCAUCAAUCAACUGGAGCACCACAAAAUGAACUAAUG